AUGACAAGAGUGCAGCCCCGUGUACCAGUAUAACUGAUUCGUGUGGCUCCGAUGGCGGACUCUGCUAUAACAAGGGAGGAAAUAAGACCUGUUACUGUCCACCUGCCUCGGUUGGAGCCCAGUGCGAAUACAAGCGAUAUGACGUGCACUGUUUGGCGUCCUCCAUGAAGAUCAAGUUGCUUCCAGCUGGAACAUUCAGUGGCGUCGUCUACGUUAAUGGUCAAAGGGACACGGCAGGCUGUAAAACCACAGAGACGAGUGCAUCGGGAUAUCUGGAACUGGACUUACAGGACUCAUCUUGUGGUGAAGUCACCUCCGACACGAAACAUCCAUGAACAGAAUAUCAACAGUAGCGUUGACAUCGACUCAUCAGCUGUAGAAUUUGAAAUCAAGCAGAAGGACGGGACCCCUGUCUCCAGCUCCGCCGCUGUGUCUUUAGAUAACCAGCUCGCCUUUGAGUUUGUCGGGAAACAAACGUGCACCUACAGAAAGUACCCGAAAAAGACCGGCAGCAGGACAGGGCUUUACGUAACAACUGUCGUCACAGAUCUAGCAUCGUGCGAGGCAGUCUGUACCAGUGAUCCCACCUGUGUCUCCUUUGACUUCGUAGUGAUGAAUGGCAUGAUGGGAUGCUUUAAGUACAACGAAUCGGUUGUUGACAGACUCAUCGACACUUUUAAUGACCAUUAUGAAAAAGAUUGUAGUUCAGGAAGUAACUCAUGCUCGUUCAUAGAGUAUCCUGGCAAAAAAGGUCCCUAUGACGAAUUAGAGAAUCCCGUGCAUGAUGUGACUGAAUGCAAGACCAUGUGUGAGAAUGAAACCAGCUGCACUGCAAUUGACUUCAGCAAAGUAGAUAAUAUUAUCACAUGUUACAGAUACACCAAACGAGUUGUUAACGUCUUGACUGACGUCAUUGUCAACCAUUAUACGAAACAGUGUUCGGGUUAUGCAAUCAGAGUAGAGUCAUGUACGGCAUCUAACGGUCAAUCGGGUCAAGAUCAGGAGACUCUGAACAUCAUUGAAGACAGCUGCCCUUCGGGUGAGGUGGGAAAAUUGAUGGAAGAAGCUCCAACCAAAGUGACUGACAACACAGUUACAUUCAAACUGCACCCAUUCAAGUUCAAUAAGGUCAACGCCAUCACAGUAACCUGCACGGUCAAAGUGUGCCCCGCGGGAACUGCCGCGGAGUGUGAAGCACUUAACUGCAGUAGCCAGCCUAAUCGGAAACGAAGAUCGACGGAAAUCUCUGAUGAAACCGUUAGAAAGACCUUCAUCAUCCUGGAUCCAAAUCUCGAGUUCACAAGUCAUGACUCUUCGAAGAAAUCCUCCGUUUCUGUGAAUGACGUCACAACCCCGAUUGUGGCUGGUGUUGCCAUGGUGAUCAUUAUGCUGCUUGUCGUCAGCAUUGUGGUCUUGUUGGUUGUCAAGAAGAGAAGGUCGAACCGGAAGUUCCAGGAAGAUGGUGUGAACAAGCAGACGAUUUAAUCAGCCAAUCAGAGAACAUGACAAACGCGUCUGAUUCUUGUAGAAGAUCUCUGAGAGAACAUUGCUAGUUUAAGUUUAUAUUAAUUGUAUUUGGAUGAUUUUCUUAAAUAUUUUAUUUAUUUUUCAUUCCUUUAACAGUCUUCUGCUUUUAAAGCCUUGUAAGUCAAACUUAUUUUAACAGAGAUAACAAAAAUAUAUUUGGGUCAAGAACUCUCAAGUCCGAAUCAAAUGACGAUGUUUGAAAACUUCAAAGAAAAACAGCUACAGACGAGAGGAGCUGUUGAACCUUUAACUGAUAUUAAUAUUGAAGCCAUUUAAUACUGAAGCCAUUUAUUUGUUUAAUAAAUUUGCGUUUAACAAAUUACACAAGCCCUAACCUUUAUUUCUUGAAAAGUGUUGGAUGAAGCAUGAGCAUGCAUUGUUGACAUGCACGGUUUGAAUAAACAAUUAGUACAACAAUUGUAAUUGUGAACAUUUACUUCUGUUUGUCAAGUAUACGAAACAAACAGAUAACAUGAUGAGAUCUUCGUAAUUACUCUAUACAUAGGCGUUGGAAUCGAGGGGAGGGGGCGCUGACUACUCCCCCCCCCCCCCCCAGUAUGUCGAUAAUACAUCGUCUCACCCCACCUCACUUGAAAAUCAAAUUAAUAUAUAACUACCCCUCACCCACCCAAGUCGUUGGCUUCUUACGACGCCAUGGACCUGAUAAAAAUUUCAAUUAAUUUUCGAUCGAGAAAAUCGUGACUUACAGGGUUUUAAAAUAACAGCAAUUGUAUUUUAUAUAGUUAUUAAUCCAGAAUUUAUUACGCAAUAAAUAUAUUUUUAAAGUUCA